GUGGGAAGCGAGGAUUAUGAGCGGAAUUUUAAGCCAAUAGUGGAGGAGCACAAGGAGGUCCCCGCCCUCUGGAGGCGCUCGACCAGUGAACAGGCGAGGACGGGGCGGGAGCCGGGGUCCCGGCAGCUUCUAGUAGGUUCCAGAGGGCGGCGCGUGCUGUUGGGAACGCGGAGCGGACAGAUUCGAGUCAACCGGGUUCCGGACAGGGCUAUGGAGCAGGUGAAUGAGCUCAAAGAGAAGGGCAAUAAGGCCCUGAGUGCAGGUAACAUUGACGAUGCGUUGCAAUGCUACUCUGAAGCAAUCAAGUUGGAUCCCCAGAACCAUGUGCUCUACAGCAAUCGGUCUGCAGCCUAUGCCAAGAAAGGAGACUACCAGAAGGCCUACGAGGAUGGCUGCAAAACUGUUGACUUAAAGCCUGACUGGGGCAAGGGCUAUUCACGAAAAGCAGCAGCUCUUGAGUUCUUAAACCGGUUUGAAGAAGCGAAACGAACCUAUGAGGAGGGUUUAAAACAUGAAGCAAAUAACCCUCAGCUCAAAGAGGGUUUACAGAAUAUGGAGGCCCGAUUGGCAGAGAGGAAAUUCAUGAACCCUUUCAAUAUGCCUAAUCUGUAUCAGAAGUUAGAGAGUGAUCCCAGAACAAGGACGCUGCUCACUGAUCCAACCUACCGGGACCUAAUAGAGCAACUACGAAACAAGCCGUCUGACCUGGGCAUGAAGCUACAAGAUCCCCGCAUCAUGACCACUCUCAGUGUCCUCCUUGGAGUUGAUCUGGGUGGUGUGGAUGAGGAGGAAGAGGUUGCCACACCUCCACCUCCACCUCCUCCCAAAAAGGAGACCAAACCAGAGCCAAUGGAAGAAGACCUUCCAGAGAAUAAGAAACAGGCUCUGAAAGAGAAAGAGUUGGGGAAUGAUGCCUACAAGAAGAAAGACUUUGACACAGCUUUGAAGCAUUAUGACAGGGCCAAGGAUCUGGACCCUACCAACAUGACCUACAUCACCAAUCAAGCAGCUGUAUACUUUGAAAAGGGCGACUACAAUAAAUGCCGGGAGCUAUGUGAGAAGGCCAUUGAAGUGGGGAGAGAAAACCGAGAAGACUAUCGACAGAUUGCCAAAGCUUAUGCCCGAAUUGGCAACUCCUACUUCAAAGAAGAAAAGUACAAAGAUGCCAUCCAUUUCUACAACAAAUCUUUGGCAGAGCAUCGGACCCCAGAUGUGCUCAAGAAAUGCCAGCAGGCAGAGAAAAUCCUGAAGGAGCAAGAGCGGUUGGCCUAUAUUAACCCUGACCUGGCUUUGGAGCAGAAGAACAAAGGCAAUGAAUGUUUUCAGAAAGGGGAUUACCCCCAGGCCAUGAAGCAUUAUACAGAAGCGAUCAAACGGAACCCACGAGACGCCAAAUUAUACAGCAAUCGAGCUGCCUGCUACACCAAACUCCUUGAGUUUCAGUUGGCACUCAAGGACUGUGAGGAGUGUAUCCAGCUAGAGCCAACCUUCAUCAAGGGUUAUACACGGAAAGCAGCUGCCCUGGAAGCAAUGAAGGACUACACAAAAGCCAUGGAUGUCUACCAGAAGGCGCUAGAACUGGACUCCAACUGUAAGGAGGCAGCAGAUGGUUACCAGCGCUGUGUAAUGGCCCAGUAUAACCGCCAUGACAACCCCGAGGACGUGAAGCGUCGGGCCAUGGCUGACCCUGAGGUCCAGCAGAUAAUGAGUGACCCAGCCAUGCGGCUCAUACUGGAGCAGAUGCAGAAGGAUCCCCAGGCUCUCAGCGAACACUUAAAGAAUCCUGUCAUAGCGCAGAAGAUCCAGAAGCUGAUGGAUGUGGGUCUGAUUGCAAUCCGGUGAUAACUUGUUCCUUCCCCUUCCCUUCACCCUCACGCGGACAGAGGAGCUGGGGACCGCGGCAAGCAGCAUGGAGCAGAAGGGAAAGAAGGGGGAAAAAAAGAACAACUUAUCUCUAUAUUUAUACACACCUACGUGGAAGAUGCAGAGGCUUGUCCUCCCAUUGCUCAGCAGCCGCUGCCUCCGGGCCCUCCCAGCACGCAUGGUCUCUUCACCGCUGUCCUUGAGUUCCGGGUCUCCUUCCCCUUCCCCCUCAGUCGCUGUCUCGGCUGCUCCCGUAGUUGGUUAUUUUUUAUUUGGGGCAGUGGGCGUGUGUGGGGAGGGAAGGGUGUUCUUCCCAACCUCCGCUCCCAACUGUCUUCACGUUGUUCGCGCCACGUCCCCUUCUCAAUAAAACAAGCCAGUCAGGCGUGGUUAUAUGUUGCUAUGA